GUUCAACGUCCCUUGCCUGCAAAGUAGAGUUUCUAGAGAGAGAAACUAGAAGAGAGAGAAGAGAGAACUAGAAGAGAGGAGAGCAAAAGGAUAAAGAAAGGAACAAUACAGAUGACAAAUUGAUAAACAGAGCUCUCUACUUUCUUCCAUAUACUGCCUUCAAAUCUUGUACCCCAAAAAAGCUCACUUUCGAAAAAGUGCUUCUUCUUCUUCUUCCACAUUCUUUCAUGGGUUUUGCUUCAAAAAGCUGAUUGCUUUGGAAGCAGAAGAGAAUUGGGGAAGAAGAAGAAGAAGAUGUCUUGGAAAAGCAGAGGAGACCCAUCAUCUUCUAGAAGUUUUAUUUCUCAGAAAUGGACCCUUUUUCUCUGUUUAAGCUGCUUCUGUGCCGGAAUGCUCUUCACCAAUAGAAUGUGGACUGUACCAGAAAGUAAAGGUAUCACACGAAGAACAGCUAUGGAAGAAGAAAAAUUAAAUUUAGUUUCAGAGGGCUGCAAUCCGAAAUCUUUGAAUCAGAAGGAGGUGAAGCGCGAAGAUAAGGACAUUUUCGGGGAGGUUUAUAAGACUCAUAAUGCUAUACAAACAUUAGAUAAGACUAUUUCAAAUUUAGAGAUGGAAUUAGCUGCAGCAAGGGCAACACAGGAGUCGAUACGUAGUGGCUCUCCUUUAUCAGGUGACUUGAAGGCUGAUUCAACAGCGAAGAGAAGGUAUCUGAUGGUUGUUGGAAUUAAUACUGCUUUUAGCAGCCGGAAAAGAAGAGAUUCAGUUCGUGCUACGUGGAUGCCACAAGGCGAGAAACGAAAGAGACUAGAGGAAGAGAAGGGUAUCAUCAUUCGCUUUGUCAUUGGUCAUAGUGCCACAUCAGGAGGUAUUCUAGAUAGAGCUGUUGAAGCAGAGGACAGAAAGCAUGGAGAUAUCCUGAAGCUGGACCAUGUUGAAGGGUAUCUCGAAUUGUCGGCCAAGACAAAGAUUUAUUUUGCUACUGCUGUUGCUACGUGGGAUGCAGAUUUUUAUGUCAAAGUUGACGAUGAUGUCCACGUAAAUAUUGCGACGCUAGGAGAAACACUAGUCAGACACCGAAAGAAAAAGCGCCUGUACAUUGGAUGCAUGAAAUCUGGUCCUGUUCUAGCACAAAAGGGAGUGCGAUACCAUGAACCUGAGUAUUGGAAAUUUGGUGAGCCAGGAAACAAGUACUUCCGUCAUGCUACAGGACAGCUGUAUGCGAUAUCAAAAGAUUUGGCUACGUAUAUAUCAAUAAACCAGCAUGUCCUACACAAGUACGCUAAUGAGGAUGUCUCAUUGGGAUCUUGGUUUAUUGGACUCGAUGUACAGCAUAUUGAUGAUCGGAGACUAUGUUGCGGCACCCCACCCGAUUGUGAGUGGAAGGCGCAGGCGGGCAACAUCUGUGUUGCUUCAUUUGAUUGGAGCUGCAGUGGGAUUUGUAAGUCAGCCGAGAGAAUCAAGGAAGUCCACCGCCGGUGCGGGGAAGGCGAAAACGCCUUGUGGAGUGCUAGAUUCGAAUAGGCAGCUCGAACCUCUUCCAACUUCGGGAAGAUUUUCGAGCUUAAGUAUAAAGCCAGAUGUUUUUUCUUAGUUCAUUUUUCUCCUCCUGUAUUGAGUAUAGAGAAUUACAACACCAAAAAAUAGAGUUUAGAGAGAGAGUGUGCGUGCGUGCGUGCUUGCGUGCGUGCGUGUGUGUGAGAGAGAGAGAGAGAGAGAGAGAGGUUGCUGUGUGGACCAUCUCCAUUUUAGUAGAGGAUAUUGGCCACAAAGCAGCUGCUAAAUUGAAAAUAGAGGGGUCCCCAACCCAUACAAUUCUGAGAGGCUUGAAGAGCCAAACUGUAAGUUACAGUUCUUCUUCUAUGCCUACAGUAACAAAUGCAACAAUAAAUAUGCAAAUCUUUGUGGGAGCUUUUACAGCCUUUCUUGUACAA